AUGGCUGGUUUCUUAGCAAAUGUUGCAUUGAAGGAGAAUGAUGUGACAUUGAAUGGAAUAUCUGAGGUGGAGAUAAAAGUCAGACCUUUCAUUUCUAAUAACUUAUAUAAUUGGAAGAUAUUCCAAGAUGAUGCUAAUCUAUUAAACUUAUUACAAUGUGUAGACCAUUAUGAGGCCAAGGCCAUUAACUUUAAUGACUUUGUGGAAAGGACUAAUGAUAAAGAAACUUUAUUUGGACAACAAAUCAUACAAUUGAAAUCUAAUAAAUUACUAAAAGGUUUAGUGGCAUUAGAAAGAACUUUUAUGGAAACAAAAGUAACUCCGGCCAAAGAAAGUGAUGUUGAGAAGGUUAAUUUGGGCAAUGAAGAAUCCCCAAGACAUGUGUACAUUGGGAGGAGUAAUUGCGAAAAAAGGGGUAAAUGGAAAAAUAUACCCUACAAUGAGAAUACAAGCCAGUAUAAUGAUAGACAAUACAAUGAUUACAAUAGUGAAAGAAGAACUAGCAAUGGAGGAAAUACUGGUAACUGGAAUAAUAGCAAUAGGAGCAUCAAUGUAAGUAAUAAUAGAGGUAACAACAGUAAUAAUGGAAAUAAUGACAAUAAUGGAAAUGGUAAUGGCAAUAAUAGAGGUAACAAUGGUAAUAAUGAAAAUAAUGGCAACAAUGGUAAUGGAAACAAUGGAAAUAGAAAUAACAAUAAUCAAAAUGGUGGUGGAGGCAACAAUGGAAACAAUGGUAACAAUAGAGGAAAUGGAAACUAUCAAAAUACCAACUAUGGUUCCAGACCACCUAUGACCAUUGAAAGCAAGGCUCACUAUGAGAUUUUAUCUCAUAGGCCUAUGACCUUGGAGCAAGCAUUUAAGACAUCCACUAGCAUUGAAAAUAAUAGAAAAUAUGUUGGGAGAAUCGGAAAGAGAGAUGAUGAAAAACUAUAUAAUCCUAGAGCUACAAAGAAGGAUGAGCUUAGCCAAAUCAUGGACAUGCUGAAAGAUAUGAAGGGUAACCAAAACCGAAAUGAGAAGCCACCUCCAUAUAGAAGCAAGAAUCCAAUGAAUUACAGUAGGCCAAGAUUGCACGACAUGCCAUAUAACACAAACUAG